AUGUUCUUUGACUGUGCUGAGCUCUCCUGGGGAUUCCCCGGUGUCAUUGAACAGCAUUUUAAAUUCAGCAGGUACCCUUUUGAAGAAGAAGUUAGUCCUCAAUAUUAUAACGUGUUGCAAUGCAAGCUCAUUAUUGUCAAAUUAGAUUCACUGACCUUCACUGUCAUGGACCAGGAUAAAACAGGCAGCAUAAGAAGGACCCUCUUAGGAGGUAUCCAUGUUGUCCGAGACUAUGAUGACUUGCACCUGAUGAAGGCUUUCUUGCUGCACCACCACAUGGUGAAAGUGUGUGCAGGAACAGAGAACAAACUGAGCUCUCUCUCUGACCUGGAGCAGCAGUACCGAGCCUUGCGCAAAUACUAUGAAAACUGCGAGGUAGUCAUGGGCAACUUGGAGAUCACCAGCAUCGAGCAUAACCGGGACCUCUCCUUCCUGCGGUCUAUCCGAGAAGUCACAGGCUAUGUACUGGUGGCACUCAACCAGUUUCGUUACCUGCCUCUGGAGAAUUUACGCAUUAUUCGUGGGACAAAGCUGUAUGAAGAUCGCUAUGCCUUAGCGAUAUUCUUAAACUACAGGAAAGAUGGCAAUUUUGGACUUCAAGAACUUGGAUUAAAGAAUUUGACUGAAAUACUAAAUGGUGGAGUCUAUGUAGACCAGAACAAAUUCCUGUGUUAUGCUGAUACUAUACACUGGCAAGAUAUUGUUCGGAAUCCAUGGCCUUCCAACAUGACUCUGGUGUCAACAAAUGGGAGUUCUGGAUGUGGAAGAUGUCAUAAGUCUUGCACUGGCCGAUGCUGGGGACCCACAGAAAAUCACUGCCAGACCUUGACCAGGACUGUGUGUGCUGAACAAUGUGAUGGCAGGUGCUACGGACCCUAUGUUAGUGACUGCUGUCAUCGAGAAUGUGCCGGAGGCUGCUCAGGACCAAAGGACACUGACUGCUUUGCCUGCAUGAACUUUAAUGACAGUGGAGCCUGUGUUACUCAGUGUCCCCAAACAUUUGUCUACAAUCCAACUACCUUUCAACUGGAACACAACUUCAAUGCAAAGUACACAUAUGGAGCAUUCUGUGUUAAGAAAUGUCCACAUAACUUCGUGGUAGAUUCCAGUUCUUGUGUACGAGCUUGCCCUAGUUCCAAGAUGGAAGUAGAAGAAAAUGGGAUUAAAAUGUGUAAGCCUUGCACUGAUAUCUGCCCCAAAGCAUGUGAUGGAAUCGGCACUGGAUCAUUGAUGUCUGCUCAGACUGUGGAUUCCAGCAACAUUGACAAAUUCAUAAACUGCACAAAGAUCAAUGGGAAUCUCAUCUUUCUUGUCACUGGUAUUCAUGGGGACCCUUACAAUGCUAUUGAUGCCAUAGACCCAGAGAAACUGAAUGUCUUUCGAACAGUCAGAGAAAUAACAGGUUUCUUGAACAUACAGUCUUGGCCUCCAAAUAUGACAGAUUUCAGUGUUUUCUCCAACCUUGUCACCAUCGGAGGAAGAGUCCUCUAUAGUGGUCUCUCACUACUUAUCCUCAAACAACAAGGUAUCACUUCCCUACAGUUCCAGUCUCUGAAGGAAAUCAGUGCGGGCAACAUCUACAUCACUGACAACAGCAACCUGUGCUAUUACCAUACUAUUAACUGGACAACACUCUUCAGCACCCUUAACCAGAGAAUAGUGAUCCGAGAUAACAGAAGAGCUGAGAACUGUACUGCUGAAGGGAUGGUGUGCAACCACCUGUGUUCAAACGAUGGCUGUUGGGGACCUGGGCCAGACCAGUGCCUGUCAUGCCGGCGCUUCAGCAGGGGAAAGAUCUGCAUAGAGUCUUGCAACCUUUAUGAUGGGGAAUUCCGAGAGUUUGAAAAUGGCUCCAUCUGUGUGGAGUGUGACUCCCAGUGUGAGAAAAUGGAAGAUGGACUCCUCACAUGCCAUGGACCGGGACCUGACAACUGUACUAAGUGUUCUCAUUUUAAGGAUGGUCCAAAUUGUGUGGAGAAAUGUCCAGAUGGCCUACAAGGAGCGAACAGUUUCAUUUUUAAAUAUGCAGAUCAGGAUCGGGAGUGCCACCCUUGUCAUCCAAACUGCACCCAGGGGUGCAUAGGCUCAAGUAUUGAAGACUGCAUCGGCCUGAUGGAUAGAACUCCACUGAUUGCAGCCGGAGUCAUUGGCGGGAUCUUCAUCGUGGUCAUCAUGGCUCUGACAUUUGCUGUUUAUGUCAGAAGGAAGAGCAUCAAAAAGAAACGUGCUUUGCGGAGAUUCCUGGAGACAGAGCUGGUAGAGCCUUUAACCCCCAGUGGCACAGCACCCAAUCAAGCUCAACUUCGCAUUUUGAAGGAAACAGAACUAAAGAGGGUGAAAGUCCUUGGCUCAGGAGCUUUUGGAACUGUUUAUAAAGGUAUUUGGGUGCCUGAAGGUGAAACAGUGAAAAUCCCUGUGGCUAUUAAGAUCCUCAAUGAAACAACUGGCCCCAAAGCGAAUGUAGAGUUCAUGGAUGAGGCUCUGAUCAUGGCAAGUAUGGAUCACCCACACCUAGUUCGCCUACUGGGCGUAUGUCUGAGCCCCACUAUCCAGUUGGUUACUCAACUGAUGCCGCACGGCUGCCUACUGGAUUAUGUCCAUGAACACAAGGAUAACAUUGGAUCACAGUUGCUGUUGAAUUGGUGUGUCCAGAUUGCUAAGGGAAUGAUGUACCUGGAAGAAAGACGGCUUGUUCAUCGGGAUCUGGCAGCUCGUAAUGUCUUAGUGAAAUCUCCAAAUCAUGUUAAAAUCACAGAUUUUGGACUGGCCCGACUCUUAGAAGGAGAUGAAAAAGAAUACAAUGCUGAUGGUGGCAAGAUGCCGAUUAAAUGGAUGGCUCUGGAAUGUAUACAUUAUAGGAAAUUUACACAUCAAAGUGAUGUUUGGAGCUAUGGUGUCACCAUAUGGGAACUGAUGACCUUUGGAGGAAAACCCUAUGAUGGAAUUCCAACUCGAGAAAUCCCAGAUUUAUUAGAGAAAGGAGAGCGCUUGCCUCAGCCUCCCAUCUGCACUAUAGAUGUUUACAUGGUCAUGGUCAAAUGUUGGAUGAUCGAUGCUGACAGCAGACCUAAAUUCAAAGAACUAGCUGCUGAGUUUUCAAGGAUGGCUAGAGACCCACAAAGAUACCUAGUCAUUCAGGGUGAUGAUCGUAUGAAGCUUCCUAGUCCAAAUGACAGCAAAUUCUUCCAGAACCUCUUGGAUGAAGAGGACUUGGAAGAUAUGAUGGAUGCUGAGGAAUAUUUGGUCCCCCAGGCUUUCAACAUCCCUCCUCCCAUCUACACAUCCAGAACAAGAAUUGACUCCAAUAGGAGUGAAAUUGGACACAGCCCUCCUCCUGCCUACACCCCCAUGUCGGGAAAUCAGUUUGUGUACCAGGAUGGGGGCUUUGCUACACAACAAGGAGUGUCCAUGCCCUACAGAGCCACAACCAGCACCAUCCCAGAGGCUCCAGUAGCACAGGGCGCAACAGCUGAAAUGUUUGAUGACUCCUGCUGUAAUGGUACCUUACAAAAGCCAGUGGCAACCCAUGUCCAAGAGGACAGUAGCACUCAGAGGUAUAGUGCUGAUCCUACAGUGUUUGCUCCAGAACGGAACCCUCGAGGAGAGCUGGAUGAAGAAGGCUACAUGACUCCUAUGCAUGACAAGCCCAAACAAGAAUAUCUGAAUCCAGUGGAAGAGAACCCUUUUGUGUCCCGGAGGAAGAAUGGAGACCUUCAAGCUUUAGAUAAUCCGGAGUAUCACAGCGCUUCCAGCGGUGCCCCCAAGGCAGAGGAUGAGUAUGUGAAUGAGCCUCUUUACCUCAACACCUUCGCCAACGCCUUGGGGAAUGCAGAGUACAUGAAAAACAGCGUACUGUCUGUGCCAGAGAAAGCCAAGAAAGCAUUUGACAACCCCGACUACUGGAACCACAGCCUGCCGCCUCGGAGCACCCUUCAGCACCCAGACUACCUGCAGGAAUACAGCACAAAAUAUUUUUAUAAACAGAAUGGACGGAUACGCCCUAUUGUGGCCGAGAAUCCUGAGUACCUCUCGGAGUUCUCACUGAAGCCAGGCACUAUGCUGCCCCCGCCGCCCUACAGACACCGGAAUACUGUGGUGUAA